AUGAGUUCAAUGAAUAGUUCCUUUGGUGUUAUCACUAAAAAUCAAGCUAUUUGCAAUGCAGGAAUGUCCCUGUUAUUUCUAGUUUAUAUAUUUCCGUUGCAAAUAAGUCCAAUGAAGUUUUUCAUCAAAUACUCCCAUAUCAUUGGAGUCAUCGCAAUGACUAUCUAUGAAAUCUCGAAUCUUUCUCAUUUUCUGAUUGCAUUCAACAGAUUUUGUGCAGUUUUCCUACCAUCUUACUACGAGAAAUUGUUCACUCUUUUUGGAACGAAGGUUAUGAGAAAUGUAAUAUGGGUGGCAUCAGCUAUAUGGUGUCUCGUAUUGUAUGAAUUAAUUGGUUGUCACUUUUCUUAUGAUGCUGAGUCUUGGUCACUGGCAUUUCUGGCAACACCAAAAUGUACUCAACUAACUUGGUAUUCUGAUUUCACUUUCAAUACUUCACUGGUUGUAAUGACUCUUGUCACCAAUCUAUUAACUGCGUUCCAAGCCGGACGAAAAAGUCGAAUGUUGAUGAACGCAGCUGGGAUUAAAAUGUCGAAACGACAAAGACAACGGGAGUUGAACUUUAUCAAACAAACGUUUUUGCAAGGGUUGAGUGUCUUUACUGGCCAGAUCACUUAUUAUGUUAUUGCUCCAUUGCUAGAAAAUCCUGUCAUAAUAUUUAUUGUCGGAUCGUUAUGGGCAUUCAUGCAUUCCAUAGAAGGAGGAAUAAUUCUGGCUUCUAAUCAGGAAAUGAGAUCAGUGUUCAAAACGAGAAAACAAUCCACGACAUCAGUUUUCAUCUCAAGUGUUUCAAUGGGUUGA